AUGUCAGACACUCUCGAGAACAUGCAUGGUGGCGCCGGAUACCAUGCCCGCUGCAUGCAAUGGUUGGAGGAUUGCAAGCCAUCCGAUGCUCCGGCCGACUUCUCCAACUCCUAUCCCAACAAGUCUAAGAUCAAUAAUCGUAGCAAUACCAUUGGAUCCCCAGACGUUUAUGAGCACUCGGAAAUUGGCAACACUGGAGUUAUUCGAGUUGGAUCCUUUGGGGGCGGCCGUGUCAAGGAGCUGGUGGCCGGCUACGAGGCCCGUUCUCGCCGGACCGAAGAACUGGCCGAUGAGGCCGCACGCCGCAAGCGAGAGACCACUAAAGCUUUGCAAUCGGCCGCUGCUACUAAUAUUUUGGACGGAGACGAUGAUUCCAAGGGUGCGGACCAGGCCGCAGGCACACCCUCGGAGGAAAUUUGCAAACGGAAGGCCUCAGACUUGGAGGACGACAACGGCGAGUUGGAAGAUAGCUGGUAUCAAGUCAACAAGGGAUCAGAUCUGGACUAG